CGGUGUGCACGUGUGGUACGCGAUCGGUUAUUAGUAGCAAAGUAGUUGGUUCUCGGUUUUAUUUCGUUUGCUGGGCCUUUUCUUUCAGUCCGAAAGGUGUUACCGUUUGAUUGACGCUGGGGAGGCGGGUGGCAUUGAAAGAAACGUAAUGGUCGCAGCAUAACGUAGCAUACACACUCACACUGGGUGGAUUCGAUCGGCAGCACCAAAAGCAUCAUGCUGAACAGUGCCGAAAUUCUAUCCACCAUACCGUCACUCGGUGGCAAGGAUGCGUCCAACAAUCAUCAUCAGAACGGCCACCAGCCACACCGGGAGGUAGUCGCUCGAUGGCGCGUCCCGAUGUACGGGAAGGUGUACGAGAUUGAGUUCGAGCAUGGAACGGCCAGCGGAAAGAGGGUGCUGUGGAUUGACAAGCAGGAAGUGUUCCGGCGCGACUGGAUGUUCAAGCUGGUCGGUGAGGACAUGUUCAAGCUGGAGGACAAGCGCUGCAUCAUAAGGGUGGAUCCGUUGCCUGGCUUCCGCUACAGCUACUCCCUGUUCGUCGAUGGCAAAUCGUUCGAACAGUUCACCGAGUGCCAGGCAAAGGCACUGAAAACCUGGGAGACGAAGCUGGGCGACAAUUGUUAUCGGAUUGUGCUAGGUAGGGCUGUUGGGGCCUUUUGUGUGGGUUAUCUUUUAACCGCUUAUUCUAAAAUUUCAGAGAAAAAUACGCUAAACAUCUACGUGAAUGGAAAGUUAAUCGAGGAAAAUGGUGAGUUCGUAGAUGGCGGCACCGACACGACGUUUAUCGAGGACAACAACACGUUCGUCCUGAGCGCUCGAACCAGCGGCAACAAACGUGAGGGCAUCGUGCACCGGCUAACCGUGAACGGAACGGAAAUUCUUGAUGCCGGUACGCUAAACUGAAGAGGAACGGAAAUGAUAAAGUAAAAGAAUUAUACAACGCGAUACGAUGUACAGGAGAAUUAGCUAAAUAAAAUUGAUAGUUUCAAUACAGGAGACAAGUGCGUCUUUCGGAUAGUAGGCGCGUUUGUUGACAAGAGACUCUGGAGAGGUUUUUUUUUGUAAUUUUUUAUUUGAAAUAAUUUCAAUUUUCAGCGAUCUCAUUACAGCUUGAUACGUCCUCCUUCCCGCUCUCUUUCACUCUUGCGAUUAUGUGCUUCUGUCACUCAGUGGAUUUCCCUCUUUUUAUCAUAAUUCCCACCCCUCUCCACCGGUAUCGUCUGCCUCUGCCCCCACUGUCGGGGGUACCGUCUUAGUGUUUCGCAUUUAUAAUUUAAUCGUAUUUUUGUAUCUUUUCCAUUUUUUUCUACUUCAUCCUUUGUUUUACUCUUAUUUCUUUGCAACGAACGAGGCGAAAGUAUUCUCAACUAGGGCACGAGAAUGUGGGGAAGGGCGACUGAAGAGCUUAAAACACAUUCACGCACGCAAACACCCAGACACAUAUCAUCCCGAAUGAAAAGCGAUCGGUUUAACUAUAAAUACAUGUUAUAAAAAUUGAUACUGAUAAGGUGGUUCUAAAGGAUAAGUGCUCACAAUAAAAUAUUUGUUACUGUCAGGGUGAAAAAUACUUGUUAGCAAAUCGAUUACUGCAAGGCAAUUGGAAAUGAGAAAUCUAUUUUUAAACGCGCACCGGCAAUUGAAAUAACAGGAAAUAGUUAAAUGCAAAUCGAAUGCAAAAAGAAAGGAUUCUGUUAUCGUCGCGAUACGCGCACCAUUUAGUCGGGCUAGUUGUAGAUGAUGGUAAAAAGAUGAUAAAGAAUUUAAAUAAAAAAAGUACACGCAACUAAUGGUAAUUGCUAACCCUUACAUUCUAGGACAAAACCGAACAAAAUGACAUGUCUUCCGUCGUAGCCUACAUCGUAUCCCUUCCCCUAAGCGAUCAUCAGGUGCCGGAAACAGGUUAUCUGCGUGCUCCAGCUGGUUGCUGGUUCCUCUUUCCUUUUCCAAAAAUGGAAUGCUCCCGUUGGUCGCACACCAGGCGACUCGUUAAGGAUUUACUCAGCAACAUGGAAUGAACUCAUUACCAGUGACAUGCCUCGAUGAAAAACAAUAAUUUGUUUCGAUUACGCAAUUAAUCUAUUCACGCACUCCACAUCGCGGCGAGAUAAUUUUGAUUUUAAAACACAACAGCUUGUUUAUCAGCCAUCAAGAUCAUCAACAUUACAAGGGACAAACUGAAGGCCCACGGUCCGGCGAUCUGAUAGAAUUUUGCACAACAUAUUAACAAUCAAACAGACGCAAGAGAUGAUAUAAAAAGGGUUUCGAAGUUCAAACAGGUAAUAGAAAGAAUCUUCGAUCUGAAAAAACGUAUAUUCUCCCCUCCAUCGCUGCCCCUACCACUCAAGAUCUUCUUCAGCAUCUUUACAGCUUAGUGUUUGUGUGUUGGCUUAUCCUUGCAUAGAUAUAGUUUUUUUUUUCGUUCUGUUUUGCAGUGCGUUUUCCUAAAGUUUGGUUGUUUGCUUUGUUUUGUCAGUGUUUAAUAGUUCUUUUCUCAUAUGUUUGCUAUAGUAGUUCCUGAACUCAUGUACAAAAGUUGCAAACUACAACAGACGUCGCUCGUUUCACACUCUUUUGAUCGUUAUCCUACAGAUGAUACUUAUUUGUGGAGCAAAUCGUAAUCCAUCCUUACAGAUGUUCCCACACAGCGGGCCAACGCAACACACUCUUUUCCUUGUUAUCUCUUGCUUGCGGACCUUUUCGUUCUUAUCUGCUUUGCGCUCUGUGUUUUUUUGUUUUCCAUUUUUUCUAAAAUAUUUAAAAUGCUAAAAAACAUUCGACCAUUGUCCAUUCACUUAGUUUCAUCGGGAUCGUCCCUACAAUCGUUCUUAGUUACAAUUAAUUUUCUCUUAUAUUCAUUCCUUGCUAUUUUCUCAUCCCAUUCUGUGCAUUCGCUUUUACUUAUUUUCUUUUCUUCAUGCUGUCCAUUCAUU